UGUCAUUCGACGUAAGGCGGAAACAUAUAAGUUUAAUUUAGUGACCCCGCAGACCAACUCCACUUGAACCUCAAAACCUUCCAUUUCACCUCCAAGAUUCCAUAGUAACACAUCCAAACAAAGCAGUUAACACAAAAUGACCGACCGCGUCGACGUCCCAGAGACCAACAAGGCCUUCGUGCCCCUCGAAAACAACCCAGAAGUGAUGUCGCACCUAGUCCAUCAACUCGGCCUCCCACCAACCCUGGGUUUCACGGAUGUAUACUCAAUUGAUGAGCCAGACCUCCUAGCCUUCGUCCCGCGGCCCUCGCACGCCCUCCUUCUCGUCUUCCCCGUCUCCAAAACCUAUGAAUCCUCCCGCGUAUCUGAAGACAGUAAACUCACCGAAUACACCGGCUCCGGGCCCUCGGAACCAGUCAUGUGGUUCAAACAGACGAUCCGGAAUGCCUGCGGUUUGAUCGGAUUGCUGCAUGCUGUGUCCAACGGGGAGGCCCGGAAACAAGUUCUUCCUGAGUCGGAUUUGGACACUCUUCUGCGGGAUGCGGAGCCUCUUGGUCCCGUUGCUAGGGCGGACUUAUUGUAUGAGAGUAAGGCAUUGGAGAGCGCUCAUGCUGAUGCGGCGAAGUUGGGUGAUACUACGGCGCCGCAGGCGGAAGAUUCUGUUGAUUUGCACUUUGUGGCGUUUGUGAAGGGGGCUGAUGGCAGGUUGUGGGAGUUAGAUGGGAGGAGGAAAGGCCCGUUGGACCGGGGAAGGUUGGAUGAAGGGGAGGAUGCAUUGAGCGAGAAGGCUCUUGAUUUAGGGGUCAGACGGUUCUUGAAGACUGAGGCUCAGGGUGGAAAUCCAGAUCUGAGGUUUAGUCUUGUUAGCUUGGGGCCUGUUUUUGAUUGAGGUUUUCUCGUGUAUUCCCGUCUGUGUAUACGUAUUGAAAUAGGUGUUCUGGGAGUUUCUAUGUGCUGGGCUGGCUCCGGUCAGAG